AUGGCCACAUUAAUGCAACAGCAACCGACUAUGAGAAAUAAAGCAUUAGAAACGAUACCACAGAAAAAUUUUCCUCUUGUACAUGUUUUGACAUCGAAAACUGAGACUGAUGAAUUACAGAAAAGUGAACCAUUCAAUUUCGAAAAGACAAUCAAGUUUCUCACUGAUCCUCAUUCAGCACAUCUACUCGAUCGACGCAUUCGCAUAUGUCAAAAGUUAUGUCGACACUAUCAAAAUGGAUUUAUUAUCAAAGAUUUAAAUCAUUUUAUGAAGAUUUUUAACAUACUCGGAGAUCUUUGUCAACAACAACCAAAUUAUAUUGAUGCAUUUGUUCAAAUUUUACAACAUUGUUCAAAACCAUUUCUAUUGGAUAAAGCAACUGAUGGAGAAAUUUAUUCGUCAGCGCUUGUUGCUUUCUAUUCGGAUUAUGGAUAUCUUCUUCGUAUUCCAAUAAAACGUAUUCAAAAAUGUAUACUUGAAACACUUUUCAAAUCGAUUCAAUCAUCCAAUAAAUCACCAGUACCUUACGAUGAUUAUGAUAGUUUAAAGCCAACUACAAUAGAAUAUCUUCUUCGUACUCAACGUAACAGUGAUCUUUGUGAAACACUUGUCAAAACUCUUUCAUUGGUUGAAAAUGAUUUAUCACUUCGUAUUCUAAUUAUAAAAUUACUACAAGUUUUAGCAGCAAAACAUCCUGAAUGCAUAGCAAAAAUGUUAACACAAGAUUGUGUCAAUCGUCUAGUAUUAAGAAUGAAUGAUCCUGAUUCGACCGGAGAACUUCUAUUUCGUACGAUUGAAUUACUUUGGAAUAUAUUUGAAAAUGGUGACGAAGAACAAAUAGGCGAACAGUUGAAUUCUCGUCUUACAAUAAGUCUUCUACAAGAAGCUUUUCUCGGUCAAAUAACACAAAGUCAUAGUCAUUAUCAUCGUCAACUAAGAAACGAUAUUCUCGUUGUUUGUUCUUUAAUCAUUGGUCUUAAGCCAGAUGCUCCAUUUGUUGAAACAGGUUUUGCCAAACAAUUACUUCUUUUUGCUUCAUUUCCAGAAUUGCGAAGCAACAAUCCAUUGGUAAAAAAUUUUAAAUUAACAAAAUCACAAGAAGAUUUCGAAUUUAAAAAGUUACUUUUCAAUACCGUUGUUGUACUCAGUCGCAAUCCCGUGGUGAACGAGUUGUUGAUUGAGAGUCGAGUACUACUUACUUUUUUGUCGUAUAUUGAACCAUUACCACGAAAAAGUCAACCAGGAACUGUAUUUGAUUGGUCACUAUCACAAACUGAAGAUCUUCAAUUACAUGCAAUUGCAGCUCUUACCAUACUUUUGCCACGAUCUUUAAAUGAAUAUUUUGAAUAUCAUGUCGGAACAAGACUUUUAUUAUUUUAUGAAUGGACCAUAAGUGAUGACGAAUAUCAAAGUCAAGGAAAUAGUUUUUUUGGAAAAGGUGGUCGACAUAAUAAACGAUCACAAUUGAAAUAUAUUUUUCGAUUAUUUCGUAGUCUUCUAUCAAUAAAAGAUGAGCGUGUACAAAUUGAUUUAUGCGAUCAAGGAAUCAUUCCAUCGAUUACUAGCUAUUUAAGACGCAUGGGACAACAAAAAUCCAUUAAUCUAGAUUAUGUUGAUUUGGAUAUUAUUUGUGAUGGAUUAUUUAUUUUAAGUUGUUUAUGUGAAUUAGAUGUGCAUAGAAAAGAAAUAUUCGGCACUGAAGGUAUUGAAACACUCAUUCAACUACUUGUAAUCGAAUCUCAUUGUGUUUGUGGUGGUCUUGGCUAUCAUCGUUUACUUGUCGCAGCUAUCGAUUGUGUUUGGUGUUGUGUUGUUGGCAGUGUUAUUAAUGAAGAUGAGUUUAUUCAAAAGCAAGGCAUUUUUGCUUUACUCGAUUUAAUUGAAGCAAAUCCAAAAUCAUUACAAAAUGUUAUUCUUGGUUGUGUAUUAGAUUUAUCAGAAAAUUCAAAAUGUCUUCAUUUCAUCAUGACAUGGCAAGGACAAAAACAACAACAAUUUACGCAUCUUCUUUGUGAACUAUGGCGCGAUGAAGAACGUGAAAUUCAUGUUUCUCGAACAGAGAAAGGUGUAAUCCAUGAUCAUUCAAAACCAUUGAUGGGCGUUCUACAGCAAUCAGUUCAAAUAACACCACUUGCACGUUUUGAGCCAUCACGAUCAGUUUUAGAUUUAAUUGAUAAUAUGCGAUCAAAAAUUUAUGGAUUUUUCUGUAAAUUAGGUUUUAGUGAAUUACCUGGUUUACACGAAGAAGAUUCUGUUACAUUAUGUAUUAUUGAAAAUUUUCUGGACUUUAAAAUGGGUGAAAUAUGGCAAGAAAUUGUUACUGAACUUGAUAUAGAAGGUGUGAAAUUAGUGGCACCUGAUGGCGAAGCUGUAGAUACAAUUUUACGAGCUACAGAAGAACGCGGAUUGGCUGUUGCUGCAACACAAAACUAUAUCUUAGAACAAUAUAAUAAGCAAGAUUUACAAUUUGAAAAAGCAUUUUAUGAUGACCUAAUACGAAAUCAUUUAUUCAAAGAAAAACGACUUGAACAAUGGAAAAUAUAUCUUGCUCGUACAUCGAAAUAUCCAUUACUUAUGGCUGCGAAAGACUAUCAAAGUCAAGCUAUUCGUCAAUCACGACCAGAAGAGAAAGACUAUUCAGGUUAUCAUACUGUACACAAUUUAGAAAUUCCUAAUCUAUCAAUUACAGCUUUCACUGGUCCAUUUUUACAAAUUGAAAGUACACCUGUCGAAUUACUUAAUAAACAUCAUCAAGUAGAAUUAAUUUCAUAA